ACACGCAGGACAGUGGCUCUGAGAAGUUGCCGUGGCUUCCUAUUUAGGCAGUGUAGGCACUAUAAACAUGCUGGGCCACUCAGAGCAAAGAAGAAAGUUGCUUUCGUUUUGGGUUCCCCCGCCCUUCUGCUCAGAGAACCGAAGCUACAAUGGCUGGAAAACAAGCAGAGGAGGAUCCCAUCAAUGUGCUAAAGCUGUUUACCAGAAACACCUUGGAUGGCAUUUUUGAUGACCUCAGGGAAAAUAAUGUCCUAAACAGGCAGGAGCUGCAAAAAAUAGGAAAAGGGGUGAAUACCAUCGUGAAGGUGUCUGAAAACCUGCUUGAGGAUUUCACUGAGAAAACCCAAGUGGUAGGCAAAUUACUAAAGGACCGCUUCAGCAAACCCAAGAACCACCCAAAUUUAAAACUUCUUGAUGAAGAUGAAGAUGAUGACUGUGAGGAUACCAAGGAGCCCGAGGACAUGGGCUCUUCAUCUACAGAAUCUGAAGAUGACAGUGAAGAAAGUGAAGAUGAGGAAGAAGCUAGCUCAGAAAACUCAGUGGAUCCUUUGCCAAAUGCUUCUCAAGAAAACCAGGCUUCCCAACCCAGUGAUAAGCUGAAGCUCUGUCCUCCUGACCGUUUUCUUACACUGAAGGAAAAAAAGAGAAAAAAGAUCUAUAAAGUGAUGGAGAAGGAGGGUCGAACUCGCCUGGCUCUUAUCAUCUGCAACAAGAAAUUUGAAUGCCAGUCUAAUAGAGAUGGUUGUGAAGUGGACCUUAGGGGAGUGCGAGACCUGCUUGAAAGCCUUGGCUACUCAGUGGUUGUUGAAGAGAAUCUCACAGCUCCGGGUAUGGAAGCAGCACUGCAACGGUUUGCUGCCCGCCCAGAGCACUCACACUCAGAUAGUACAUUCCUUGUAUUUAUGUCGCACGGCACCCUGGAUGGAAUCUGCGGGACUAAGCACAGUGACAAAAAGGAGGAUAUUCUUCAUGAUGACACCAUCUUCCGAAUUUUCAACAACCGUAACUGCAGAAGUUUGAAAGACAAACCCAAGGUCAUCAUCAUGCAGGCCUGCAGAGGCACAGGGUUAGGAUUUGUCUAUGUGGCUGACGCGGGUGGAGCCUCUGCAUGCGGACAGGACCAGUACAUGCAGCUGGUCAGGAGAACCACCUGUGUCAUCUGGAAUGAUGCGAUCACCAAAGCCCACGUGGAGAAAGACUUCAUUGCUUUCAAAUCUUCAACUCCACAUAAUGUUUCUUGGAGACUUGAAACAGGCUCUGUAUUUAUUUCCCGACUUAUUUACUACUUCAAGAAAUAUUCUUGGUGUUGUCAUUUGGAAGACAUUUUUCGAAAGGUAGGGAUUUUCAUGUCAUUUCAAUAUUACUCCCCAGAACACUUUCUGGGGCCAUUUGCACACCUGUUUAAGGAAUUCUGAAGCUCUGUAGCCAUCCUGAUGCUUUCUCUUCUGUAUUACAAGCUUAUUAAAACAUUCAUGCUUUGGAACUUCUGAUUCUAACAGCCUUGCUCAUUUUGGGGAUGCUUCUACGGUUACUAAUUCACUUGCUUGUGCACCACAUCCAGUGCAAUGCUUUCUUCUGUUGACAUUGCUCUGCUACACUGCAAACUUUCUCACUUCUAUGAGAGAAGUACAGAUUUCCAUUUUGGUGAAUCACUAAAGCCUUUCUUUACUAUGGCAGGUACAACGUUCA